AUGUCUAAAAUUAAGCAAAAGAAAAAAGCCAUCAUUAAACAUUCAAUUGACCCUGAAAAUGAUCAGGAAGAUUAAUUAAGUUAUGAUUCAAUUGAUGAUGAACAAUAUUUAAAUCUAUUAUAAGGUCAUGUACCUAAAUCCCAUAAAGUUGAUAUUAAUUUGGGAUAGAAGUAUUAAGGUAAAAAAACAAACAAUUAAUAAUAACAUUCUUAAAGUGAGGAUGAUUUAUAAAAUGAAUCUAUUAAUAGUGAUGAAAUUCCAGAAUUUAUUGAAAGUGAAUAAGAAGAAUCUAAUGAUUAAGAAUAAUAAAGAAAGAUUGUUAAAUAAAAACCUAAAAAGAAAUAGAAUUUAAGUACAUUUUAAAAAGAAUUGUAAUAAAUUGAAAAAGAAGAUUUGGAAAUGAUUGAGAAAUAAAAAGAAAAUAAAAAAGAAUUAAAAGAAGUACCAGAACAAAUAAAAGAAUAAUAAUAGAUUUGGGGAAAUUUAGUUGAGAUUAGAGAAUGUAUUUAUUUAUUAUUAUUAAUUUACUCUUUUUAGAAAUGUAAAAAACAUUAGAUGCAGCUAAAAGAUUACCUAUUCAAAAGGAUGCUUUUGUUACAGAAAUAUAAAAAAGUAAAGAUUCAAAAUUAAAUGAUUUGAAUUGUCAACUCUUAAAUAAUAUAACAAACUUAUUCAAUUUAUAUUCAUCUCUUUAUUAAAUUGAUUAAAUCAAUGUAAAUGAUGAUGGAUAUGAUCUUAAUACAUAAAAAAAAAUUAAUAAUAAUUUUGAAGAUUCCAUUAAAGUUGUAGAAGAUGAUAUUAUAAGAUGGAGUUCUAAAUCAGCAUUAUUAUCAUCAAUUAAUAAAGAUAGCAAAUCAUAAAUGGGAUUUUUACUCUUAACUCCUAUUGGAUAAUCAAAAAAGGCCUUAUAAAAUAUUGAUAAAUUAAGAUAGAAAACAUAAUUGAAAAGAUAAAUAUUCAGAAUUUUAGGUGAAGAAGGUUCAGAUUUAAAUGAAACCAAUAAUAAACAUAUUUUUGAUGAUACUGAUUUUUACUUAGAUUUAUUAAAAGAAACAAUAUAAUUUAAUAAUUAAAACCCUUCUGAAGAAGCUUUAAAAAAGGAAACAGAAUAAUUUAUAUUGAAAAGAUAAGCUUAAAGAUAAGAGAAAGAAAACAAAGUUGUUGAUAGAAAAGCAUCUAAAAAUAGAAAAAUAAGAUUUGAACCACAUCAAAAAAUUAUUAACUUCACUUCAAGGAUUGAACCUCCAAUUGAAACAAUAUCUAGAGAAGAAAUUAUUAAAAACUUAUUUGGCUUAACAUCAACGAUUAUUGAACCUCAAGUUUAGAAGAAGAGAAAGUAAAGUAUUCAUGAUGUUAAUUUGAUAUGAUGCUUGUGUUUAUAAGUUUAGGCCUUUUUAUAAAUAAAAUAUCUCUAAAAUAUAUAUAUAUCUAUGAGUCAGUUUGAAACCAAUUCACAAUCUUAGAUACCAUUUUAAGAAAGAAGCAAACUCAAUUCGAAUCGUUAAUUAGGGACAUCUAACACAUUAAAUGGUUAAAAUCAAAAAAUUUUGGACUAAAACGAGUAAUGAUGAUAUUUUCUAAUAUUAUAGAUCAGUUCCUUAAAGAUCUACACAACCAAAUAAGUAAUGUAUGUAAUUAAUUUAAGCUAUGGAAAUUAAUAAACAAGUUCUUAAUUGUCUUAAUACCCAUAAUUUAACUAUCCAUUAAUGGGUUAAUAAACAAUGAAAGAUCAAGAUUAAUUAGAGUAAAUAUAAAAAUUGACAAAAGAAAAUGAUACAUUAAAGUAAUAAAGAUAAUCUAAUUAGAUAUUAGUGGAGAGCACUUGAAUAGGAAAAUUAAAAAUUGAAGAGCGACAAGUAUUUUAAUCUAAUGUAUAAUUUAGUAUUCAAUUGAAUUCAAGAGACAAAUCAAAUAUGAAUGAAAUUUAAGAAUUAUAGUAAAAUAUUAUAUUAUUUAUAUUUAGAGAUCAAAUAUUGAUAUUAAAAAAUGAAAAUAAAAGAUUAACAAAUACCAUUUAAGAAGAUCAAUAUUUGUUGAUAGAUUUAUAGAAAUUAAGGAAACAAGCAGAUUUUAAUAGGGGACUUGAAAAUUAGAUAACUGAUUUAGAAUAAUAAUUUGCAAAUGUUAGCAAAUAAUUAUAGGAAUAAAAAAGAUAGAAUGCUUUUUAAGAGUCUGAACUUUAAAAUCAAAAAGAAAUCCUUGAAAAAUACAAAACAUAAGUUAGAGAUUAAACUUUAGGAUUUGAAUAGUAAGUGUAGAAAAAUGAGCAAUUGUUGAGCGAUAAUCGAAAAAUGAAAAUGGCGUUAGAUUCAAUUAAUAAAGACUUAAAACAAGAAUAAGAGUAAAAUUAAAUGUUAAAUCAAAAAUUAACUUAAAUUUCUUCAGGAGCAAAGGAUUAAUUAAGUAAUUUGUAAAAGAAUUUAUCUAAUCUUAAUUUUUAAAAUGAAUAAUUGAAAAAUUAAAUCACUCAAUUAUAAUAAAAGGAGAAAGAAUUAUAAAUAUCUUAAAAUCUUAAUGUUUAAUAAGAAAAUAAGAUAAGAUAAAUGAAUCAACAAUUAAGUGAAUGUAAUUUUACUAUUUUUAUUAUUUAGAAUAAAGAUAAAUUGAAUAGAAUAAUAUGAUUAUUUCAAAUGGAAAAGUAGAAUAUACUAAAUUGACAACUAAAUGUCAAUAAUAAGAUCAAGAAAUUUGGAAAUUAAAAGAACAAAUAAAUACUUUGACAUAAUAAAAUACUUUGAUAUCAAAUAAAUGUACAUAGUUUGAAAGAAGUAUGGAAGAUAGUUUAUAAAAAUCAUAAAUGUUAUCAUCAGAUCUAAAAGGAUAAUUGGAGAAAUGGAAAAGUUAUGGAAAUUAAUUAGAAUAAGAAGUAAAGAAAAGAGAAACUGCUAUUUUAAAUUUAGAAAAUGAUUAUAUGAAGACAGAAACUUAAUUAAAAUAAGCUUUGGAAAUCUAAACUCAAUUAAAGAACGAAAGAAAUAUUUAAAUAGGAAAAUUAAAAGAAAUGCAUACUGAUCUAUUGGUUUAUGAAAAAAAGUGUGAUACAUUAGAAAGAGGUAUUCAAUUAAUAUAUUUUUAGAUAUCAUAACUCUUUAAACUUAAAUUAAAGGAUAAUAAUAAAAUUAAGAAAGAUUAGAACAUGAAAAAUAAAUACUAAAUUAAGAGAUUAAAUAAUUGAUGGAAGAUUUACGUAGAAUAUAAAAUUAAUAUGAUUUAAAAACUAGAGAUUUUGAAUCAUUACUUUAGAAACAUGAAUAGGAAAGUAAUUUAAGAGAUAGAGAUAUAUAAAAUUUGAGAGCUUAAAAUUCUACUUUGACUGAAAGAAAUAUUGCUUUGGAACAUGAAUUGGCACGAGAAAGAGUAAUAAUAUUCUAUAUUUAAAAUUAGGAUAAAUAAUUAUAAUUAGAUUCUAAGAUUAGAACUUUAGAAAAUGAGAUACAUAAUUUAAAUUUUUAAUAAACUCUUAAAUAGUAGUAUUCAUGGAAUACUGAACCUUAAUUAAGUAUUGGAAAUUAAAAACCAUUGUUUACAGAAUUAAGCUAGGGUUAUUAAUCUCCAUAAGCAAAUUAUUAAGGACUUAACUCUCCAGUUUAUAAUCAAUCUGGAAUUUAGGUUUAAUCAAAUUAAAAACCUACAGAAGUUUCGAAUUAUGGGGGUGAACAUUUACGUAACAAUUCAUCACAUCAAAUAAAAAGCAAAAAUUACGAUUUGAGAUUCCAAAAUUAAUCUUAAAAUUCAUAACAUUGAUAGAUGGUUCAUUAUAAAAUAAUUUAAUUGUUAUUCAUGAUUUCAAAUAUCAAAUCUUAAACAGGAUCUAAAGAAAAAUAUAGUUCAGAUCUCCCAUUUAUAUCUUCCAAGAAAUCUUUUACAUUUUUUUUUAAAUGGUGAUCAACAAUCCUCUUAACAAUCUAUUCAUAAAAAAGGAAUUAAAUCUUAAUUUGCCUUAGAAAAACUCUUCAACUAUAAAUUGGUAUAAGAUUCAAAUACUAGUCCUGUCCCUACUAGUCAAAAAUCUUAUAGACAUGAUAGAACCUCUUUUUGCACUUUUUUCUCAAAUAAGAAAAAUGUACCCAUAAAUAAUUAAAUCUCCUUAUCUUUAAAAUCAAUGGUUUACAAAAGAAAGUAGUUUAAUAUAAAUGUUGAAUUAAAUUGCAUUCAUUAUAAAUGAAUUACGAUAAUUUAAAAGUGAAAAAGGUUUAAUAUCUAUCAUAGAAAAGGAAAUAAAUUAGAAUUCUAGAUUUUUAGAACUAUAAUUUAUUUUUUUGAAUGCUAAACUUACAGAUUUAAUUUAAUCAGAAUCAAUGUUUAAAAGAAUAUAUAAAGAAUUCACAUAUAUCUAGGAUAAUAGAAUAAUAAUUAAAAAAAAUAAACUAGAUUAAUCUUUUCUUUAAAUUUUAAAUGAUUUUUUACAUAAAUUGGAGGAAUAAUAUAGAAAAUUAAAUGAGCUUCAAUUUUUAGGUUUAUAAGAAUCAAUGAAAAGCUCAAGGAUCAAAUUAAAAAGUAUAAAAUUACAUACAUAUUUUUAGAUAAAGAAAUAGAAAUACAAAAUUAAUUUACAUCCCCAGAAAAAAGAGGAGUUUGUGAAUAGUUAUAGCUAAUCUUCAAAAAAAAUUUUAGAAAGUAAAUUAUAUUAAGAUAUAAAUUAAAUUGA